AGAAUUCAGUGUACAAUUAAAAUAAAAUGACAACUUCCUGGAGUGAUCGCUUACAGAAUGCAGCAGAUAUGCCUGCUAACAUGGAUAAGCAAGCCCUGAAAAAGUACCGGCGUGAAGCCUAUCAUCGGGUGUUUGUGAAUCGAAGUUUAGCCAUGGAAAAAAUAAAGUGUUUCGGUUUUGAUAUGGAUUACACCCUUGCUGUGUACAAGUCCCCGGAGUAUGAGUCUCUUGGCUUUGAACUUACUGUGGAGAGAUUAGUUUCUAUUGGCUAUCCCCAGGAGCUGCUCAGCUUUGCUUAUGAUUCUACAUUCCCUACCAGGGGACUUGUCUUUGACACCCUUUAUGGAAAUCUCUUGAAAGUUGAUGCCUAUGGAAACCUCUUAGUCUGUGCACAUGGAUUUAACUUCAUAAGGGGACCAGAAACUAGAGAGCAGUAUCCAAAUAAAUUUAUCCAACGAGAUGACACUGAAAGAUUUUACAUUCUGAACACACUAUUCAAUCUACCAGAGACCUACCUGUUGGCCUGCCUAGUAGAUUUUUUUACUAAUUGUCCCAGAUAUACCAGCUGUGAAACAGGAUUUAAAGAUGGGGACCUUUUCAUGUCCUACCGGAGUAUGUUCCAGGACGUCAGAGACGCUGUGGACUGGGUCCAUUACAAGGGCUCCCUUAAGGAAAAGACAGUUGAAAAUCUUGAGAAGUAUGUAGUCAAAGAUGGAAAACUGCCUUUGCUUCUGAGCCGAAUGAAGGAAGUAGGGAAAGUAUUUCUUGCCACAAACAGUGACUAUAAAUACACAGAUAAAAUUAUGACAUACCUGUUUGAUUUCCCACAUGGCCCCAAGGUUCUGCACUGGCAGGAGGCUGAAGUCAGGAUCUGGAGCUGGGCUCAAACCCAGCCUGGGAGCUCCCACCGACCGUGGCAGUCCUACUUUGACCUAAUCUUGGUGGAUGCACGGAAACCACUCUUUUUUGGAGAGGGCACAGUCCUGCGACAAGUGGACACUAAAACUGGCAAGUUGAAAAUCGGUACCUACACAGGCCCCCUGCAGCAUGGCAUCGUCUACUCGGGAGGUUCAUCUGAUACAAUCUGUGACCUGUUGGGAGCCAAGGGCAAAGACAUUUUAUAUAUUGGAGAUCACAUUUUUGGAGACAUUUUAAAAUCAAAGAAACGGCAAGGGUGGCGGACUUUCUUGGUGAUUCCUGAACUUGCACAAGAACUUCAUGUCUGGACUGACAAGAGUUCACUUUUUGAAGAGCUUCAGAGUUUGGAUAUCUUCUUGGCUGAACUCUACAAGCACCUUGAUAGCAGUAGCAAUGAGCGCCCAGACAUUAGUUCCAUCCAGAGACGUAUUAAGAAAGUGACUCAUGACAUGGACAUGUGCUAUGGGAUGAUGGGAAGCCUGUUCCGCAGUGGCUCCAGGCAGACACUCUUUGCCAGUCAAGUGAUGCGUUACGCCGAUCUCUAUGCGGCGUCUUUCAUCAAUCUGCUGUAUUACCCGUUCAGCUACCUCUUCAGAGCUGCCCAUGUCUUGAUGCCUCAUGAAUCAACGGUGGAACACACACACGUGGAUAUCAACGAGAUGGAAUCUCCCCUCGCCACCCGGAACCGCACAUCAGUGGAUUUCAAAGACACCGAUUACAAGCGGCACCAGUUAACACGGUCGAUUAGUGAGAUUAAACCUCCCAACCUCUUCCCGCUGGCCCCCCAGGAAAUUACACACUGCCACGACGAAGACGAUGAUGAGGAGGAGGAAGAGGAGGAAGAGUAAGAAGGAACACCAAAACUCUGAGUGCCCAUUGAACAAGUUCUUGCAGGACUCACAGGAACAAAGGAGGUCCCUGUUUGGGUUCUACUGGGGAGGAGGGGGGCUCCAUCAAAGGUACGUCGGGGCAGAGAGACUGUUUUAGCUGUGUAUCUAUACUCUUUGCAGAUGAAUCAGAGUUGUAUCGGAGGCUGUAUUGGAAGAAAGGGUAAAGUCAGGCUGAACUGCAUGCACGUGGCUUCACUGUGGCUUGUGACACUGUUUCCUUGUCUUUUUCGUCAUUAGUGUGCCUGGAUACAUUAAGGGUUAAGGGUCUUAGAGGACGCUGUCCUGUUACAAACUGUGCUAUUGCUCCAAAAUCCCACUUUUUCAGUGAAUUACACAGUAUUGUGUAUCAGUGGAAAUACACUGUUUCCAUUAUGAAAUGUCUUCUGUUAAGGUCAAGUUUCCUUUUGUAAGCCUUCAGGUGUCCCGGCAGCUCUGGCGGGGCUGCCGCUCUGUAGUGGCUUUGCAGAAAUAGUCUCCGCUUGCUCUAGGGCUGACGUGGAGUGGACGGCAGGUGCUCUGGAAGCCGAAGUCCUCAUCCUUUCUGUAUUUUUUUAGGUUGAUGGAACAAAUGCUUAUUUGUUAUCUCAAAACAAUCCUUCUCAUUGGUGAUAAAUCUGUAGAGAGAGAGGCCAAAAGAGCAAGCCCCAGAACACAAGAAGAGAACCUUCUUCCAGCGCACCCCAGCCUGAGUGACACACUCGUGUCGGGGUCGAGCUCUGGUUCCGGCCGCCAGAACAAGGUGUCUGUCCUAUGGAGGUGACUGCCUAGUUUAAAGCCGAGCACUGGAGGACCGGGAGAGGCUUCGUAAGCCAGGCCCUUGCCAGAGCAGGGCGCAAUCAGUGUGACUAAAUUCACUUCCAAAUCCCUUGGGAAGCCACUUGUUCUGGACGAGAGGGAAUCAUCACUGUGUGACAGGGUGUGUGACUGCCUCACCAGGUGCAGUGGAGUUGUUGCAGUGUCUUUAACAGUGGUGUAACUUUGACCUUCAUCUCCCUUCUUCCAUUCUUGUUGUCCUUAGUCAGCAGGGGAGGGUAGACGAGCUGCUCUAGAGUUCAAUAAAGAGUAACAUUUCUAA